AUUUUGUGCUGGGCUUGCUAUGUGCACGGGGCUCCUCAGGGACCAACCAAGCAAUGGUCAGUCAGCAUAAGUGUUUGCAAGCCGUUACAUUUUAUUUUUUUAUUUUUUUCCCCCCCGCAGCCGACCUUUUAAUAGCGCUGGAGAGAAAUAAACCGCGCUGCCGCUGCUGGGGAAACUGCUCGGCAUCUUCUAUUUAUCGUUUUUCGUUAAUGUUCGUCUGCUUCUUGUCUCUUCUCUCUUUCAAAAAUACAAUUAACAUGCGUGGAUGGAGGUGAUGUCCAGUAGGACCUGACGCCAAAAACACACCAAGACACCGGCGCAAUCUGCGUGUGAGAUUCAGAUCUUCGGAGAACUUUGCGCAUCGUCUUGCGCGGAAUGGGCGAUGGGAUGUGCUACAGCCUUGCAAUGAGACGUCUGUGGUUCUCGGUGUUGCUCGUGUGCGCCACCUGCUGUCCGAGCAUCUGCCAGGAUGCGACUGGAACUCCCAAAGAGGCAGAAUUAAACAACAACAUCACCAUCUUCACUCGCAUCCUGGACGGGCUCCUGGAUGGCUACGACAACAGACUCCGACCCGGACUAGGAGAGAAGGUGACAGAGAUCAAAACCAACAUCUUUGUCACAAGUUUUGGUCCAGUAUCUGAUACUGAAAUGGAAUACACCAUCGACGUAUUCUUCCGUCAAAGCUGGAAGGAUGAGAGGCUUUGCUUUAAAGGCCCCAUGGAGAUGCUGCCCCUGAAUAACCUUCUGGCCAGUAACAUCUGGACACCCGACACCUUCUUCCUCAAUGGGAAAAAAUCCAUUGCACACAACAUGACCACGCCGAACAAGCUGCUGCGGCUCAAAGACGACGGGACGCUUCUUUACACCAUGAGGCUCACUAUCUCAGCAGAGUGUCCCAUGCAGCUGGAGGAUUUCCCAAUGGAUGCUCAUGCUUGUCCCCUUAAAUUUGGAAGCUAUGCCUAUCCAGUCUCGGAAGUGGUCUACACGUGGACUCAGGGAGCGGCCAAGUCAGUGGUGGUGGCAGAAGAAGGCUCGAGGCUCAACCAGUAUCACCUGAUUGGUCAGACGGCAGGAACGGAGGACAUUUACACCAGCCGAGGCCAGUACACAGUGAUGAUGGCACACUUUUACCUGAAAAGGAAGAUUGGCUACUUCGUGAUCCAGACCUACAUGCCUUGCUUCAUGACUGUAAUCCUGUCGCAGGUUUCAUUUUGGCUCAACCGCGAAUCCGUGCCAGCGAGAACUGUCUUUGGUGUGACCACGGUGCUGACCAUGACCACUCUCAGCAUCAGCGCUCGAAACUCCCUGCCUAAAGUGGCGUAUGCCACUGCCAUGGACUGGUUCAUCGCCGUGUGCUAUGCCUUUGUCUUCUCUGCUCUCAUCGAGUUUGCCACAGUGAAUUAUUUUACCAAAAGAAGCUGGGCCUGGGAUGGGAAGAAAGCCAUGGAGGCUCAACAGCCUAAGAAAAAAGACCCCUUAGCACUUUUGAAGAAGCCGAACAACACGUGUUCAGCCGGUGUGAAUUACACAGCCAACCUUACAAAGGACACGUCCAUCUCCACCAUUUCAAACAGCACGACUGUUCACCUCAAACCGUCUGAAACCAAGGCUCCAGACCCUAAAAAAACGUACAACAGUGUGAGCAAGAUUGACAAGAUGUCCCGGAUCGUGUUCCCCGUGCUGUUUGGGACCUUUAACCUGGUUUAUUGGGCCACGUAUCUCAACAGGGAACCCGUCAUCAAAGGAGCCGUGUAGGAGCUCUGUGACAGUGGCCAUUCUUGUGCUGAAAACCACCGAAGGAUUUGAUGAAUGCUGUCAAAAACAGUGCCAAGCACUUAGUCCGUUUAUCACUGAUGUCUGUUUAGGUUCAUUAGACAACCUUGCAUGUGUCUUGCUUCAGAAGAGUGUUGCCUUGUUUUCCUUUCAUUUGUACUUUUAUGAUUAACAACUUAAAACGGUUUAUUCGUCACCUCAGUCACACCUCAGUUAGUGGUUCAUUUCUGACAAUUUCUUUAAAACUUAAGCAUUUGGCAUUUCUAUUUUCUCAUUAAAUCUUAUGUAGACAAGGGUAUGACAAGGCCAAAUGCUAUGCAAAAUAACAUUUUUAACUGUUUUAUUACUCAAAACUGGCUUCUACCUUUGUAAUUCUUACUUUGUACAAUAUAAAUGAGCUGAAGGUCCAGAGAUGUGAGACUGGACCAAGGCACAUGGACAUUUGCUUCCUUGUUACAAGCAGAAGAAUAGCCAUGCUAAAUGUGUCGCCUUCAGAGUGUGAUAGCUCAUUAUGGGGGCACUGAAAUCUCAAGCAACUCCUAUUUUCGAAGCCAAGAUUGCAACAAUAAUUAAUUGUAAAUGUUGUUUCUUUGUUUUUCUGCUACUUCUCUUGAGUUAGAAUGGCCAGUUUCCAUUAAGUUAUGUCAAAUGUUAUUGUGUCAAUAGCAAUUCAACAGGGACACUAUUCCAAGUUCACCAGGUAAAAAUCUGUGUAUGCAUAGUAGUAGUUAGUAGUUAGAGACGCUUGUAUAUAUGCAGCUGCUUUUGGAAGAGUGGCACUGAGCUGGUGAGAUGUCUUCUAUGUGAUGCGUAAACAGCAGCAAUGUUCCUCUAGUCUAGUGCAACAUUGGAAAAUGAGCCAAAUACUUAAUAUAUGCUUUUUAUUUAUUUAUUUUUUUAAUUAUUAACACUUUUUGACAAGUUUUUUCAUUCGUAUAAGCAAUGAGAGCAACUUCGAAAUAUUCUUGAUAUGUAUAUUUGGAUGCUUUUAGCAGAAUCUCAGUAUUUAUUAUUUGUAGGAAAUAAAAUGACAGAUUUUUCAUUCACUAAAAGACAAUUUUAAAGCAGCAAAAAAGACAAAAACCAGCCAAUGUACCAUUGGAUUCCUGUCUGGUUGUCUCUUGCAAUAACUGUGUAUCGCGUCAUGGGGCUUUAUCUCACAUCAGCAAUGAUAAAACUAGCAUGCAGAGCUGCAGCGGCUGCAUGGCUGAAGCAAAUGAGAGAUUCAAGAGAGUUGACAGAGAGAAAAUGACUCAACAAGAGACCCAAACAAUGAUAAAUAUAGUUUUUUUUUUUUUGUUUUUGUUUUUUUUUGUCAUUGUUGUUUUUUGAACCUGGCUAUUUGUUUCCCCAAAU